UUUUUUUUUAGCCUCCUCAUUGAGUCGUCAGUGUGCUCUUGGAGUAAUGUUGGUACACUGGCCACUCUUGGGAAGGUUAAUGUAGAUUUAUUUGUGGAUAUCGGCUCUCACUAUGAUUUGCUCGAGUCCCAAAGCCAUACAAAUUACUCUGUUACAUACAGCCAGGUAGGUUUGGAUAGCUUUCUUCUCAACAAAUAAAAUCACAGUUUGAAACUUUUACUUUUCUCACAUGCAUUCAAUAUUGAUUAAGUCAGAAAAAGGAUGAAAAAGCAGAGCUGGGAUAGAGAUGGGCUGCAAAGUGACUUGCAGAGAAUAAUAAUAAUGUUAUAGUUGAAAAUGUGUAGGAGCAUCAGCUAACUAAUAUAUAUGUAAUAUAUAUGUAUAUAUAUAUGUAAUUGAAAUAAUAAGUAAAUGAGGCCUAUAAUGUGAUUUUUUUUGUCUUUUAAGAAGGGAACAGAAUUUCCUGGAUGGCUGGGAGCACAGUGACCCUGCACUGUAGCAAUAACUCAAUAAGCGACCUCCAACAACUGACAUGGAGAAGGAAUGGGACUCUUCUGUUUAGUUUCAGGUCACAGAAAACCUCAAACAACAGCUCUGUGACUUUAAGCAGUAAUCGAAACAUGUCAGACAGCAGAAUAAUACAGAAUCAUGCAGCUGCCAUCCUGAAUCUAAGCAUGUCCACCUUAAAAAGCCAACUGUAUGCACUAAUCAUAGAGAGAGCCCAGAAAUAUCACGAAGGAAACUACACUUGUGAAACGACCACAGACUCAGGAGUCUUCGAACAGAAAUGGGAGCUUGUGAUUACAGAAGGGAACAGCACUUCCAGGAUGGUCGGGAGCACAGUGACCCUGCACUGUAGCAAUAACACAAUCGGCGACCUCCUUCAACUGACAUGGAGAAGGAAUGGGACUCUUCUGUUUAGUUUCAGGCCACAAAAAGCCUCAAACAGCAGCUCUGUCACCUUAAGCAGUAAUCAGAACACCUCAGGCAGCAGAAUAAUAAGGUAUCCUGCAGCUGCCACCCUGAAUCUAAACAUGUCCACCUUAGAAAGCCAAUUGUAUGCACUAAUCAUAGAGAGAGCCCAGAAAAGUCACACAGGAAACUACACUUGUGAAAUGACCAUAGACUCAGGAGUCUUCGAACAGAAAUGGGAGCUUGUGAUUACAGAAGGGAACAGCACUUCCAGGAUGGUCGGGAGCACAGCGACCCUGCACUGUAGCAAUAACACAAUCGGCGACCUCCUUCAACUGACAUGGAGAAGGAAUGGGACUCAACUGUUUAGUUUCAAGCCACAGAAAGCCUCAAACAGCAGCUCUGUCACCUUAAGCAGUAAUCAGAAAACCUCAGACAGCAGAAUAAUAAGGUCUCCUGCAGCUGCCACCCUGAAUCUGACCAUGUCCACCUUAGAAAGCCAAUUGUACCCACUAAUCAUAGAAAGCGCCCAGAAAAAUCACACAGGAAACUACACUUGUGAAAUGACCACAGACUCGGGAUUCUUCGAACAGAAAUGGGAGCUUGUGAUUACAGAGAAUGCUGAAGCUGAAAGUCCAUUUAAAAUCAGCAAAGUUACAACAAUUGCAAUUAUUGUAUCUUCGCUAUGUUUCCUGAUCUUUAUAUUAACUGCUGUGAUCAUUCUCAGAGGAGUCUGCAAACGACGUUCACAAAGUAUCACCCAUCCUCCUAGAAGGUUGGUAAGUGCGCGGGAGCCGAGACAACCCACUUAUGAAAACCUGGAUUUUAAAGGUCGCCAGCAAUGUGGACAAAUUCAGGUUCACCCUUAUAAAUACAGGGUGGAGUGCCCAGUAAAAUAAGGCAUACCUCUUUUAAAUGAUCAUCCACUUUAAGCAGCUUUCUCCCUGAAUAUAUUGUAAUGAAGAGAACAAUCUGUACUUGCAAUAUGCAAUAUUUUUUUUUCUCUGGGUAACUGAACACCAGUCAGAAUGUGACCUCAUCGAUUUGUUAUCAUAAGUUGACAGUUGACAGUACGUACCUGUCAGUUUGUACAGGAUGUGUAAAUCCUAAGCAAAAUAGCUUUUUUGGAGCUCCUAAAUGCACUGUUAUUCACUCACUGGCUAAUGUUGUUUUAAAUGAAUUCAGUUUUAUUUAUACAAGUCCAAAUCACACCCACAUGUCAUCUUAGGCUGCUUGUCUAGUAAGCUCAAGACUUUACAGUUUUACAGAGAGAACAAGUGCCCAUUCAUUAUGCUCUCAGUGCUGCAGUUUAUCUCUAAUGCGAAAGUAAAACUUUAAACUUGACGCAUUUGAACAUGAUAGGGUAGUUAGUGCACUCAUCUCUGAUGCUGUCUCAUGGUUUAAUGUAGGAGAUGCAGAGAGAACCAGAUCAAAGAUGAAUUUAUUUAAUUAAUUGAAGAUUUUUGGUGAUAAAUAAGACUACACAAACCCUGAUCACUGUUUUUGUUAUCUGUGUAUGCCUUGAUUUCAUAAAUCAGACUUGAAGGCAAAUAUGUUACAAGUACAGAUUCAACUUUUGGAGAUAUGUUACAAGUAUAUUUAUUGUUUUCUCAUCACCGGGUAAAUGCACAUAAAUUCCCAUGACAAUGCAAAAAACAUAGUUUAUGCUGGUGUAACCUCAUAAACGAUCUACCUUCUGUGAUUUUAGUGCGAUACGUCUCAACAGGUUACAUAUAUAAAAAAUAUUCUUUCAUCAGAGAUUGUAUAUCACUGUUAAAGCACACUGUAGCAACAACCCCAAAAAGUUGGGACACUGUGUAAAAUAAAAACAGUAUUCAAUUAUUUUCAAAUCUCAUAAACUCAUAUUUUAUAUCAGUAAACAUAUACAUCAAAUCUCGAAUGUUUAAACUGAGACAUUUUACUAUUUAAUGGAAAAUAUGAGCUCAUUUUCAGUUUAAUGACUGCAGCAUGUGUCAAAAAAGCAGGGAUAGUAGCAACGAAAGACUAAUACUUAUUAGGUUAACUGUUUUCAGGCCAGUAGUACUGAUUUUAGAAAAUAUGACAUCUACAAAUUGUGGAACAGUUUCAGAAUAAUGUCUCUAAACAUGAAUCUGGAGAAAUCUCUGUGCGCAUGUGACAAGGUGGAAUAUCAAUAAUGGAUGCCUUUGUGAUUCUGUCAUGGAGGUCACUUCAUCAGCUCAGGAACACAGUUUACUGUGCCAUCCACAAAUACAUGGAAACCAUACUGGCUGAACCAAAGAGGAGAGGGACCAUCAGGCUCAGUACAGAUGCCUGUAUCUGUGAUGGUAAAGUGUUGCAUUAAUUAGUGCUUAUGGAACUGGCAGCUUGCAUCUUUAAAGACGCCUUCAAUGCUAGCCAGGUUAAAGGAAAUUCAACUUUAUGACACUGCAGACUCUGACUUUAAGCUUUACACAGCUCACUAACGCAUUAAUGGCACUUUGUACUGCAUUCAUUUUGACUGCAUUCUGAAGAGGAGAAACAGAGAGUCAAUAAGAUGGUACUAAGGUCACAUUUAAAGACUCUGCAUGACUCAGUGGAACAUAUCUCACAUACUUCCCUUGUCUGUGGUCACUGGUGUGAAGUGGCGUAGAUGCUUAAAAAAACAAAACAACCACAACUCACAACAGUGUUUUUUUUUUAGGUCAAGAAACUGUUUAAUUCCAGGCACGGAUGUAGGGGGUAAUUUCCUGUGAAAUUAUUUUUCCAAUCGUUUAAGAAAUGCAACAAUAAAAUCUAAAAGUGCAAAUAGCGCACUGCUAAUGCAAGUAGCUUACUCAGUUCAUCAGCUGGCAAAGUGAAUGAAGAGAAAACUUAAAAUUCAUGAUGAGGGCAUUUUAAAAGAGAAGUGCAGUGCUUAAAAAAUGCUUCAAAAGACACUAACAGUACACAUGAGCCAAGUUUAAACUCAGCAAAGUCCUACUGGGUAGAGCUGCCCACACUGGCAGUCCACACCUCUAAUUUUAAAAAGGCUGUAAUAAAAAUAAGAAUAGAUAAGUCCUAAAGAAGAAAGAACAUCUCCCUCAUCCAUAUUAGGUUAACUGGGGAUUCAAAAUUGCCCAAAGGUGUACAUGUGAGUGUGAAUAGCUGUCUGUCUCUAUGUACUGUCUCUGCAGAAGACAUUGUUGAACCCCUCCCCCCACAGCCCAACCUGAUUUGAAUAAGCAGUUGACACAUUGCUCCAAUGUUGUUGUUGUUGUUGUUGUUGUUUUGAAUAUGUAUCAUUUCAUGUGUAUCACCUGUGCUUGUCAGUAUAAAUGGCUCUGUAGAGACUACAUUGAUCAGGCAUAACAUUAUGACCACCUGCCUAAUAUCAUGUCUGUCUCUUUUUCUGCUAUAACAGUAAACAAUUCCAAUGCACUGUGUAUUCUGAAAUCUUUAUAUGUGAACCAGUCUUACCUUUUUUUGGCACUUUGAGCAACAGUAAGUUAUCUGUUGGAUCAAAACAUGUGGGCCAGGCUUUGCUUCUCACAUGUAAAAUGGUCUGUAUUUGUAUAGCG